CAGAACAGGGCAGGACCCGACUUGAUACAUAAUUCCUCACCAAACAUCACUUUAGCUUCGGAUCAGGAUUUGGGAUGUCAACGUCGACUGCAAGACUGGGGCAUGUUCCGGGAGCCAAGGUAAUAGCAUACUAUGCCGAUGCCGAUGGACAGUUUUCUUCGAACAAAAUCGGCUACGAUGUUGACUUGUAUGACGAGGCCGUGCGUACCAUCGCCUUUGGGGAGCUUCGAACGAGACGGGAUGGCCAGGAGGAUCUUGGCAAGCUAGAUCAACUCAGCAUUACUGAACCCGAGGGUGAGCCAGCCCCGCUCAAGAAGGAAGAUGUGCAAUUCAUCUGCGUACAGCUCGAAGUAUCUCACAAGGUGGCUGAGAAAGCACUGCGUCUUGCCAAAGGGUCUUUAGAAGAUGCGUUGCUACAUUUGGUUAAUCAUGCGGAUCUGAAAUGAGGAUCGAUAUUAUCGGUGCCUCCAACACAAAUGUUGAAUCAAUUUGAAACAGUGCGGAAGAAUUGGACGUCUUGAAAUUGGCAUACCAGCUCGCUCGAUCUCCAGCAACUUUCCUUAUCGCCCUUGCCAACAAAAAACCCUCCCCCUUCUAAUAUAUCCCCCCCCCCCCCUUUCCAUUAAUCACAUUGAUUAUCAUGAUCCACAAACGACUCAGACCCACAAAUUCCUUCGUUACCCCAGUGAAGAUGUAGGAGCUCAAUGCGUCUCUUGUGCCUCUCACAUGAAAUCCUCUAGGCAAGGAUUAAUCUGAUGAUACAGCAAGUUAGACAAGAUCUAUGAUUAUUUGCUUUUUUAUCAUUUGGUUUCAUUUGACGAUUCAAGUCUGAGUUCUGGUUCUUAGAAUUCAAGCAAAGCAAUUGCCAUCAACAGCUUCUGCCUUGUACUUUCAAGCAACCUAAAAACAAUUACAUUCCCUGCCCGAUCAUAAGGAGAGCUCAAUAAAGCUGUUGCUGAAGAAUGGCUUACACAAGAAACUUCAGUUUACUUGAAUCCCAGUGGACAGAUAUGACAUUUAUAAGUGCACUGCAUAGCA